GCUGAGUUAAGACAAUUAAUAAUUUAAAGUGAGGAAAAAAUUUGCAUAUUUGUGCUUGUUUUGCAAACCAGUAGCUCCUCGAAAAUCGAGGAAAUUAUGCACAAUACGUUUUACUCUCAGUAGAAGAAGAGAAAUUUCGCGAACAAAGGAAGAAAAUGUGGAAAUGUUUAUUUCUUUUCCUAUUCUUUCGUGAGGUAAAGUUAUUUUUGUGUGUUUUUCUUUAAAUGAAUUUCUCACCUGGCACUUGAGUCCGGAGAGUGACUGUCGACUCAUCUGAUAUUUCUCUGUAGGCCGAAAAGGUUUUUUCUGCCAAUGAAACAACUUCAGUGACCGUAACGGGUAAGUAAAGGCUAUGAAAAUUCCGAAAUUUGAUGAUCAAGUUAGAACCACAUUUGAGGUAAUAUAUCAUUAUUAUUUUUCCACAAAACCAACCGUUAAUGAAGUUUGCUCUUAUGCAUGCGAGACAUAUUGUUUAUUCCGUUUUCUGUAAAAGUUUUACAGCGCAUUGAAUAAGAGUGAACAGAUAAGGAAAAAAUUUCAACCGCUCAUAAAAGUCCCCAAUUUCCUCGCUUAACUCUGACUCUUAGUGGGCCCCAGAAGUUUUACGGGGUAAUUUUAAGGUUGACCUAUUAUUCAUGAUUGAACUGCGGUUGGUCUAUGCGGAAGACUUUAUCAUCACUGACCGAAGAUCGUUGACUUGUUAUCUUGUAGAUGAAAAAUAUAUUUGCACUUUACCUAGAUUCAUUUUGACUUUUAUGCCACAGAUGGCCAGAAAUUGUAAAAUUGCAUGGGUUUUUACAAUUAGGUUGCCAAGAUGUAAUUGCAAUGCUAUCGUCUUACAUGUUGUGUAAACACACGCACAGGAGCCAUUACUGACUCUCUGAAAACCAUCAUGGAUUUAAUUUUACUUGGCAAUGAAACCUUCAAGAUAAAAACAGUGGGCUGACGGUUCAGUUAAGUAAUCACCCACGAAUAAAUUGAAUGAGUCCACUAGUAUGUUUGGGUCAGUGACAAGUAAUUAAGACUCUUCAAAGUUGCAAUGCCACGGUACAGAAACACGACGGUACUAGGUUUCUAAGAAUGGUUCAUCCUGGAGUCAAAAGCAACCUCGAACCUUUCCUUCUACACGCCAUUGCUCUAAAAGUAUCACGUGACUAAAUAUCCCCGGCUUAGACUGAAUAUCCCCGGCUUAAACAGAGGAUAUCCAAGUGAUGUUCACCAAAUUUCAAUCAAACCCAAUUUAUGAGAGAACGUUUCGUCCUUGCUCGGAAACAGCUAUUAAAAUGUCAUCUCUUUAGAAAAGCAGUAUCUAGGUAGCCACGACCCAAAGAUUUCAAAAAACUUUUGAAUUAUUCAAUCUCUAAGGGAAGCAGCAUCCUAAACGCGCAUGGAGCCAUUCCAGACAUGUCCGUGCAGAAGGAUUUUUUUUUAAAUAAGAGACCUAGAAUGCUUUGGCUCAAUUUAAAGGCUUAUUUAAACAUUUCUACGGAGUCAAAUACCUUAUGGGCUCUCAUUUUCUCGUGAUUAAGAUACAAGUGCAAGAAACUCUCCCUGUAUCUACAAUGUAGUCUAACUUUAAAAACAGAUUGAAAGAAGACAGAAAAUGCCUUUGAAGAUCAUAUUUUAACCCAAGAUCGGGCUAAUGAAUCAUUAUCAAAUGUUUUUAAUCGUUUAAAUUUUAUUUCGCUCGAUGUUACAAGUACAUAAACAAACAACGUUGCGUUCUAGCCGUGUGUUUUUGAAUGCUCAAAGUUUUCAGGAAAUUUUUUUCCAUUUCUUUGUGCGUAGCAACUAAAGCUCUUGUAGAAUUGUCUUGGUCAAAUUGUCUGUGAAAAAAAUGUUACCCAGUCACAUAAUUGUCUAUUUUUCAGAGAGCACGAUAUCAUACAGUACGGCAAGUGUCUCGGCUAGCGCAGAUGUCUCACCCAAUGCUCAGUCGGACAGUACCGCUUUUUCUCGAACAGUGACACUGGAACUGAGUCAAUCCAUACUUGGCGACAAUUCUGAAAACAUCGUUCAACCGUCGGCAACCGCUGCCUCGCAGCAAACGUCGCAGACCAUAAAUGCAUCUGUGACAGGUACAUCUCUGUGCUCUGCGGAAGUUCAGUUUUGUUUCUAUUAACUAUUUGAGGUUAAUUCUCCAUCUACUUUGUUACAUAGCUAUCGUGAGUGCAUUUUGGUUUAAAAUACUUUGACGUAAACAUUAACUGCGAUUAUUCCGCAGAGGGAAUCAACGUUAUCCUCGUUACAAAUUGCACUUCUCAUCGUUUCAAAACAAGAAUGUCUCGCCCAUAAUCUCGACCACUGAAAUGAUGUCGAAGUACCCAAUCGAAACCUUCUUAUAUCACUCUUCCUGUAGUGUGCUUGGAUGCAGCUUCAUUCAUUUUGCAACUGUUGCAUACCUCGAAGUUGACCUAAAAAAUUGUCAAAAUUGCCUUACUUUUCAUGGCUCUAGGAUUCAUUAGUAAUUAGAUGCGCAACUGAGAAGUUAUUUUGUUUAAAUCACGAUGCUAAUCGCAUUUCAGCUCCCCCCGAACUGGGUUGUAUGAAUGUCGACUGGAGUGAUCCCGAAUGUCAGGAUGUAAAGUGCGUUGAGGUAAGUAAACAAAAACUUGAAGUGGUUUUCAUGAUUUCUUACGGGUAAUUCUUGAUGAGAAUAGAGAUCGAGACCAGUUAGGAUUGAGGAUUCAAGGAGAAUGGGUCACUGAUUCGUAUUUUUAUGCGUAUAACAAUGAUUUACCGGGUGUUGUAGAACUCAAGAAAACCCUCACACAAUAAGGUGAAAUAGUUUGUAACUAAAAUAAAUUGGCUUUGUAAUGAUAAGAAAGCGCGUACCGCUGCUGAUAAAGCAGUGGUCAAUGAAGUUCCAGUCCAUGGAGAAGUUCUGUUCAAGUUACUUUGCGCACUCUGUUGAAGAUGCAAGACCUCCACUUCUAUAGAAAAUUGAGAGGCACAUACGUUUUUAGGCUACAGUGAGGGGUCUUAGCAUAAUCACGAUCGGGGAAUGAUUUAUUUGCGUAAAAAAACGGUCACAGCUUUGCCAUGCAAAUUCAUUUUUACUACCCUUAGACAUGAUUGUUAAGAUAUACGUUUCUUUUAGGAUCAGAUGGAUGCCGUGUCCAACUGUAUGAAGGUAACUUGCACUUACUUUUGAAUAUAAAACUGGAACAAGUAAUUAUCAUUUUUUUCCCGCACCCACCCGCACACCAGAGAAAACGAAAUUCUAACUUCCUUGACCCUUUUAAUUGACAGAUAUUCUCGAGGCUUUGGCCAAUAUCAUCAUUUGGGUUUAAGAUUUGCUAAACACGUUUCAAGAAAAUCUCAAAAAACAAGAAAAACUCAAGAAGAUCACCGCAUAGUUGUUUCUCAUUUAUGCAGCAACAACGUUGCGAAAUAUUCGUAAAAAUUAUCCAAAUCCAAAUAAAUUUAGAAUGAAAAGAUUGAAAUACUUUCUGUGUUUUCUUAGGACAAGCCGGAAAAUUUUUCUUUAUCAAAUAUGAAGGUCCCUGAACAGGUCGUGAAGACGGGAAUGUCCCUUGCAGAGGCGAUACGGAGUAAUGAUGAAAACAAGACUAGAGUCAUUAUCACGGAUAAUAUUGGUGAGCAUCUCAACCACUGCAACCAAGAGAUAAACUAGGAUAAAUUUCUCAUUACUUUACGUGUGGAAACUUCUCUUAAUGAUCUCGCUAUACGUAAUUACAGCUGGUCUAGUUCUGUAAAGGAGUAAGGAGCAGUGCAAAAUACACAUUGCGGACCCACUUUUUCCUUACGCUCAAAACCAAAAAAAAAACCAGCCUGUUUUGACUCAGAUUAAAAUUGCAAUCUUGAAUGUAGUCUUAUUUAUUGCUUUCAGCUAUGGAAGUCGGUCUCUUUAACAGUGGGGAAAUGAAAAACAACUUUAAGAAACCUACACUCGUAUUUCCCAACUACUCUGACCCAAAAUUCACUGGCAAAUGGAAGGCCAUGGGUGACUCUGUUGCAUUCACAAUGGAUAAGCUUCCUUUCGAAGGUAACAACAAAGCUAUAGAGGAGUAGGGGAGGGAAAGAACAGUGUUAUUUACUUAUAAUAAAAGUUUGAUGGUGUUCUCUUUUGAUCAGUUUACUCGACCAGCGAACAUCCAAAAUAGCUCCACUGUCCUAAACAACAUUUUCCCAGCUAAACUAUCCAAGCAAGAAAUCCGGUUGCCUUAGCCACUCUUCAAGAGUCCAGGUUCUUGUACCCUUUAUGGUCUGAUUUCUUUGGAGCCGCAUUAAUCCUACACAGAAUUUUCCUUUGAGAAUUUUUUUCGUGUUAGCUUACUAGGUGACGAAUUUGUUAACCACAAAAGAGAGGCAAAAAACUAACAUUUACGUAAGAGUAAUAACUGUAUUUGGUUCUUUAGUGUUGGUGAAAGUGUUCACAGCUUGGUAAAUAUCCACUCUCCACUUCGGAAAAAGAUUUUUGAUUAUUUUCUUUUCAGGAGAAGUCGCGUAUUCUGUCGCCAUUUUGCCUGAUGUCGUGGGAGAAUCAUAUCUGGAUAAAGAUAUGAUUGCUUGGCAGGACAAGUAAGCACAAGCCUUUUUUUAUCAAGCUUUGUUUAGCAUCGGGAUAAAGAAAACAGCUCCCAUCUAAAAGAUUGCGGUAUCUUUCAAAUAUUUUCAUCUCUCCUCCCUCUCUCAUCCCUCUUAACAAUUCUCGCUUAAGUAUAUCUUCCUGUGAGUGCUUUGAACAAAAAUUAUCACGACAGAACCAAUAUUUCAGAGAGCUGGGUAACCAAAAUUAAUGGCCACUCAUCAAGAAUAAGCAUGUUCAGGAGACCAAAGGAAGGAAAAGACAUUUUAAACUUAACUUAUAGAGUCUCUCUUUGAUUGGCUGGACUGGGUUCGAUCGCCUUGCUUGAUAUCUUACGGUUCUAAUUUCUUCUUACAUGUUAAGGCUUGAAUUUUGAAAGUUUAACAUUUCCAACCUGCGUUCGUUUUCUCCAUCAUAAGCUGUCCUUGUUCGUUAUUGAUUUUUUUUUUCCGUUUCUAUUUUUUUCAUUUUAUCGAUCAAAUGUUUUUAGUCACUAUCUAGUUGAAGAAGAUGUAAGUUGGGUACGUCCCUCGACUCCUUCCCCUUCCUUACCAUAAAACAAAGUUUAGAUAUCGUAAAAGAGCUACGUGAAACAUGGUCACUUCUUUCUUAUUUAAAGCCAUAUUCCAGAUUCAGCUCUGUCUGAGUUGUACGUGGUGGGUGACAAACUUAUGACCCGAAAGGAAGUUCCAAGGAGACGAAUCAACAGCAACUUGCUCUCCGCGGAAUUUCGUCAUAAAAAUAAAAGUGAAAUGCUGAGUGGACGGCUGGAAAAACCAGCUUUGAUUACUUUAAAACAUCGUCAUGUAAGCAAAUAACAAUUACUAUAGCUUUCAUAAGUCCAUGUGGGAACGCGGAUAUACCAGGAUAGCAAACACUUACCACUUAUUUAGCCCGAUGGCGUGAUUUUGACGGGGGAGUUCUCAGUAUUUUAUCGGUGGAAAUUCUAGUUUCAUCAGCAGCCAAGGUAAGAAGUAGGAUUUCAAUAAUGGAAUGUUGGGAAUGAGUGCAUGGCUGGUGGGAGGAAGUAAAUCAGGUGAUAAAUGAAUAACUAGUUAAGACCAACUUCUUAUUUCAUGAAAUUAGACGUGAAUCUUUUUUUCCUACAGACCACUGAAGAUCAUUUUGAUCCAAGAUGUGUUUUCUGGGAUGGAAAGUAAGAGAAAUGUAUAGGUCGCUAAUAGCUUUUUACAACGUAAAAUCUCAUAUGCUAAUAUACGACAGCUCGAAAAAGGUGAUCAGGCAAGUUUGAUGAUCCUAUUGAUAGACGGUAUAUUAUCUACCUAGUGAGGAAGGUGAUCCUAUCGGAGGCAUGGUAUUUAGCUAAUGAGGAAGGUUAGGAAAGAAUUUUAAAAGAUUCCCGAGAUGUAGUGGUUCAAUGUAAUUUUCCUUUGCCACCAUGAAAGAUGAUUGUACGUGUGAGCUGUAGAAACGUCUAUUUUUUUUCUCCAUAAUUUGUCAUUAGAGGUAAAUCGAAGUCCUGGUUUAUUUCCUUUAACGUUGUUUCAUCUUCCCUUUUUUAGCCUCGAGGCGUGGUCCAAUGAUGGUUGCAAAGUUGGAAAAACCGGAAAAUCAGAGACAGUCUGUGAAUGCACGCAUUUUUCAACAUUUGCACUGAUAAUGAGCGUAAAUGAGAAGGUAGGAGAGUCUCAUCACAUUAUGAUAAAGCCCUAUAAUAUUCCUUACACGUGUGUGCAUACUUUGAUAUGAUAUCGCUCUUACACCCUUACUUCCUUGCCGCUAUCAAAGUCGAACAGCUGUUCGGAAGGAAAAAAUUGGUUAUAAUCAUGAAUAGAACAAGUUUUAAUUCUCCUUUUAAGCUGUCAAAUAUCGUCAUUUUUCACCGCAAGAGAGUACUCUCUUUUUCACAGGUGAGUCGUCAUAAUUUGAAAGUUAUGCUUAUAGCUUUGAAGUAAUUUUUCGGCGCAUGUACUUAUCGUUUCAGGUGGAUGACGCGGAUCGCAAAAUGGUUGUUACUGUGGCUACUGUACUGGGAUCAUUCUCAUUGCUUGCUCUGCUGAUCUGUGCUGCCGUCGCCAUUGUUCUCACGUAAGAACAUUUCGUGACACUGCUUUUUGAGAUCUAUCUUCAGGCUGGUUUUAAGGUUUCAUGAUAGCAUGAUCGCAAGAAAAAGGGCUCGAAUGCUCAUUAGAGAGAAGAGCUAAUAAAGAACAUACCGAUGACAAAAAUGAGUUUCAUUUCUUCUCUUAAUUGACAGCCCGUUUUAAUAAAUGCAGUGCGCAUUUUUCUGGUGGAAAACCUACGAUGAUGAGAAUGGAAACCGAUAUAGGCCUUAAAUUCAAGUACAUUCCGCAUUGCAGCUUUAGCUAGCCCAAAUGGACUGAAAAUAAAAUUAUCACUUUAGAAUUUUGGAUUUGUCUCGUAGAGAGACCUGCUCAUAAUUUAGUGAAAUAACCUUUUAAUUUGCUGAUGAUAUCAGGUAAGCUAACGAUUCCGAACUGAGUCAUGGCGACAAAAAGCCAAAUCAAAGAAAGAAAAAUAAAAAUGUGUAUAAAGUAGACAGAGUUUUCAUUUUUACAUUGCCUUGCUGAUCAGUGGAUACGCAAUUAUUUCCUUCAGCUAUCAUCAGAGGGACAACAUGCGGAUUGCUCUUAACGUUGAUGUAUCACUUCUGCUCAGUCAGCUGGUUUUCUUCAUUGGUUUAUCUACCGGCGAUAAUUCGGUGAGAACAAUUUGAAUGAGAUCUCAUCCACGUUAAGAGAACGGUCAUUAUUUAUUUCCUUGAAGGGGGGGGAGGGGUUGAUGGAUUUUGUUUGUGUCACGAUGAAAUUUAUAUGAUCCCAUCUUAAGGUUCUGUAAUGUUGUUGUGAUUUCCCCUAGGUGGCGGUUGGUCGGCAAUCAGUCUACUAUACUCCUCUCUUUAGACUCUGUUGGCGACGACUGAUCUCCCCUCCGUUUCCUCUGAAAACUAUCCGAACCACCACCCCCACCAACCUCAUACCCUACGUCGGUAAAUAAUGAUUAGUCCGCUUGAGUCACUUUUACCUAUCAUUAUACUAAAAAGCCUGUCAUUCUAACAUUUCUUCCCAUUCUGAGAAAUAUUUUGUUAAAAUAAUCUCAGUAAUAAUCCCAUUGCAUCUCUCGUCGUAGUAUUUCGCCAAACCCAAAACAUGUGAUGUGGUCAAUCCUUUCGUGCACUUUUUUGAGCUGGCAGCUCUAACGUGGUUGCUAAUGGAAGCAGUGCACUACUACUCCACGCUCAAGCCACUGUUCAACGAGAAAAACACUGUACCCAUCGUGUUUUAUUUCGCUGUGGGGUGGGGUAAGUUGUAAAAGUUUUCUUCGGCCUUUUGACUGAGAAAGUUCAUUAUACGGUUCUGUAGGAAUGAUACCAAAUCCUUAAUCUUUUUUUUUAACCCUGUGAAUAGAGCUUUUAACUUGGAUGAAAUUAUAACAAAAUUAAAACUCCGAAUAACAUAUUGAAUUGUUAUCUGACUUUCAUCGUUUAUUAAUUGGCGGAUAAAGGCUUUAUUAAAGUAAUUAUUGGGAAAACAUUACACCAGAACUUUGACGAAUUCAGUAUCUUUAAAUCAACAGAAAUUGAAAUCCUACUUUAAAAGCCCAAGUGUUUUCAUAGGAUAUCUUUUGAGAGAAUAAAGUCAUAGGCUAUCAGCAUUAGUUGGCGUGGGUGAUCUCAAAAACACAGUUUGCUUUCAAAAUCCUUGUACUUUCAGGAGUACCUGUAGCUUUUGCUAGCGCAUUGGCGGACUUCGCGUACCCUCACUUUGGUGAUCCCGGAAGGAGUGAAUUGUAAGUUUUGUUCAACAGUUUUCUUGCCAAUCGAUAAUUUGUAGGAAUUUUCAAAUUAGACGUAAUGAGAAUGACAAUCAUAAUUUACAGAUCUAGCAUCACGCUUAUCGCAAUUUCGAACGACUAUAGUGUAAAUGUUCACGAUUAGGAACACAAUAACCAUCAAUUUCUAUGGCGAGAAAAACGUAAGCAGCGAAGAAAUUUGUCGGACGUUAUAAUGUGCUCCAUUGUCUGUCGUUUUCUUUCUUUUUGAAACUAUCAUGGGAUGGAGGUACGAAAGAGGAAAGGUGCUUCGUGUGCAUCCCUUCAUUGAUAGGAAGCAGUUGAAAGAUUCGGGUGUGAUUAUAAUGCCUUAUCUUUAUUUCAUCCUUCGUAGUUGUUGGAUGUCUAUUCGCGGAGGUGAGGCCUGGUUCUUUGGAACACAAGUUUUGGUUCUCGUUGUGGUGAGUUUGAGAGCCUGCAGGCCAUCAUCAUUAGCGCGAUAGGAUGAGCGUUUCUCGGCCUUCGGGAAGAUUUCAGACCAGUCGGACGAGGUCUACCAGGGGUCUGGUACUUAUUAUUAUCAGUGCCGGACCUUUUCCUCUCGCCGGUUCGCGUUGCACAAAGCGUCAUAAUUUCUCAAGGGCAAAGGAACGCUCGCACUUUUUCCCUGAUAGUGAGGCCGGACCUGCUUGCAUGAUAUGAUUUUGAAUUUUAUGAUUAUGCUGCUGCAGAUGAUAAUUUAAAUUGGAUAAUCUAUAAAUCACUGCAAGGUUUAAUCCUACCGGAGUAAAUUGGUAGCUUCAGUAAUAAUCAUAAUAAUUAGCCGACUCAUUGACUUAUCGUGAUCUCGUAAGACUUAUAAUAAUCAACUCCCUCUCGAUGAUUUUUUUUUAGCUGAAUCUCGCCGCCCGUGCGUUCAUCGCGAAGGAGAUUGCUUGCUGGGAAGGUGAUCCGGAUGACAUCAAAAUUGAAAGGACCAGGUAUUAUGACGAAGAUAUAUAUCGUGUAUAUUUUUUUCCGGUCUUAUGGGAGCAACCAGGGUAACAUUUAGUACGUUUUUAAGAACUAAUUAUCGUCAAACGUGAUGCAGGAAUCGGAUGUUGACAUCUUUAGUGCUAAUGGUGGUGAUUGUGAUGACGUGGCUUUUUGGUGUCUUGGCUAUGAACAACACGGACAGAAAGAUCUUCCACUACGUCUUCAUUGUCUUCUACACAUUCCAGGUUAGAGACCAAGCAAUGGAUAAUCGUCUUGACCCUUUAUCUCCCAGGAUCUCAUUAGUAAUUCUCCUUACUGUCUCUCAUACAGUUCUUGUGAUGUUAGUUUGGAGAAUUUGGUAUUGGAUCAACUUAUAAUUCCCUUACUGAUAUUUUCCUUUAUUCUCAUGACUUGUAUGCUUGACAUUGGAUUGAUAUUGUAAGGAGAAAUUCUGUCUUGGUCAAUCAUGGGAGGUAAAGGGUUAAUCUCGUCUCUCAUUGACCAUUUCACAACCAAGAUCUCCUAACCGUCUGCUCUGCAAUUCCUAUGAUGUAAUUUCAGAGAAUUUGGUAUUGGAUCAACCAAUAAUCCCCUAUUUAAAAUUUUUAUUUAUUCUCAGUUAGUCUGCUUGAUAUUGUAUUAAUACUAUAAGGAGAAACUCUGUUUUGGUCACUCGUGAGAUUUAAAGGUUUAACGGUUAUACUUCUGUAUGAAGGGGUCUCCCUUUGAACCCCGAUAUGAGACGUACUCUAGGAUUCACUUUUCGCACAUACACGCCUACAGGUUUUCUUUAGUUUUGAGACAACAAAAUAAACAUUAAGUAACCAUAGUGAUACAGGUAUCGAGUCAAAGUGAAUUGGUUGGCUGAAUAGAUGGUAGCACAGUUAGACAUCAGAUAUCACUGAAUUCUGUGUUAUCCCCUUUUUUACGAAGACUGAAAGCUUCAUCAUUGCAAACAUUUCAAUUUAAUCACCGAUCGACGUUGAAAUACAGUGCUCCUGCCGGUUAUAAGGUUAUUAAACACAAGAAAAAUCUGUUUUCCACUACAAUACUUCCAGCUGAUAUGUAUUUUGUUUACUUUGCAGGGUCUACUGGUUCUGCUUUUUUACUGUGUCCGCAACCAAGAGGUAAGUGUCAUUUAUCAUAUUUUGAAGAUAGUUAAGGUUAUUCGGCUCCCAGGUCUCUCUGCCUCAGGGAAUGAUCUGUUCCAAAUGACGCAAAAAUGACUUUGUGACGCAAAAUUUAAAAUGAAACAGAAAUGAGCCGGGGGGAUUAAUUUAAUUUUUUUUUCCAGAUAUCAAUGAGUUCAUCAGGUGGGAAAACAAAGGUAGCGUGUGGACGUCUCUUCCUUUCGAAAGUAGAGAGGGAGAGGCACGUCCUUUUUUAAGCUGUCACGUUAGUGUCUGAUCUCGUGUCCAGAUCCUACCGUGUAACUGUAACCAAUGUACCACUUGGCCAUAAAAGGUUUCGGUACGAGACUAGUUGGUAUCAUCAAUAUUGUCGGAGAGUAGGCUGUUCCAAACGUCCAGUUAAACGAAACGCGAGGGUAAAGCGCGCCACAGUAAAGGAGGAGGGUUAAAAUGAGGGAGACUUGGGUUCUUGUAGCGUAAUUAACGGCGUCCUCUACGCGACGCGACGCGACGCGACCCAACCUGCCGGCUAUUUUCACUCUGCCGUUACUGUCGCGCUGUUCACGAUUUUGUAAGGAUUUUGCACAGUCGUACUUGCAUAACGCCCAGAGCAGGCCAGUCCAAGAAAUGAAAUGAAACUUUAAUUUCAAUGUUAUUUGCAGAUGUGGGACUAUCGAAAAGAUAAAAAGGACGAGGAAGAGAAAGAAAAGGUAAUAAUCAGAUAUUCAGAAACGACAACAAAACAAACGAACAUAAAACAAAGCGUUUUUCACUUCUUCAGUAAAGACCUCCCUCUAAAGGCAUGGUUAUACAGGGAUCUUCCUGUGCAUAAUUGUAAUUCCUAAGAGUAAACAGCAGCUGGUUUCUCCUUACAGCGUCAUCCUUGAAUCACACAUUAAGACCGUGAGAAUGAAGGAAAUUAUCAGAAUGAAACAAGUUUUCCGGAAAACGAGGGCCUUGUCAGUAGUACGGGAAAUGUAGAAGAAACAGUAUGGAGAAUUUGCGUAUUGAUGUUAGGGACUGAAGCGUUAAACUUAUUAAUGGCAGUUGUCCCAACGAUACAAAACAGCAGCAAACAGUCAAACAUGCAAAGAGAGAGCAGUUAAGAACUAAAACGAAAUUCUAAGCCAAGAAACGUUGUUAUCUUCGGCGUUGACGUUGUGUCUCCAGUAAUUGUCAAAAAUUAUUUUCAGUUAUUGAGUCUGAUCUUUGUACCUUAUCAUACCCAAAAAUAAAUCGUUUGAUAAAAAAUGUGCAUAAAAAGACUGAUCUAGUUUACCCAGUUAGCAUACCUUAUAUAUUUUAACAAAUAUAUUAUUCCGUUUUUUUUUUCAGAACAAAACCUACGACUUCGUGUACCAUCCAUGAGAGCAACAAGUAUACCCUCAAUACUAGAUAAUUUUGUAAAAACGUUUGGUAGAAGAUUGCACUUUUAUUCGUUUCAUUUGCGAACUAAAAGGGACUUACAAAGAAAUUGCCCUUUUUGUAGAUGGUGAAAAUUAGUUAAAGCUACCAUGAUAUUGAAGUUAAGCUUCUUAGAGAUUCGCCUGUUUAUUGCACUAAAACAAAAUUAUUUGCAUUAACUGUAAACAAGAGACUGUUUAUACGUCCCUGUAGGAUUGAUCGGGGAUUAUUGUUUGGGUGAUUCUGAAUAAGUGAUAAUCCUUAGACGAGUUUGAGAAUUGAGAUGAGAAGUUUACAUAGAUAUGGCCUUAGUAACAAGACUUCACUGGUAGUUAAAAAUCUAUCAAUUAAUUUAUCAAUUCAAGUGCAAUCUGGCGAUAAGUAUUGCUCUUCUCAUUACUAUGUAAUUCUACACAAGUUCCCUUUGAGGACUAAAGAUGUUAAUAAACACCGAAUAACAAUCUACUGCAGCAUAUUUCACUUGUCUUCUAACUCA